AUGCCGGAUCAAAGAGGAAAAUUAACGAAGGAGGAUGAUUUGGACCAGUUACCUUCAAGAGAACGUGUAAGCCAUACAGUCAAAGGGAGAACAGUUUCAACCAACUGUAAUGGAGAGCAGGAUGGAGAAGAUGCUAAGAAGCAGGUAGGAGCUUACCUUAAGGAGCGGGAUAAGGGAGAAUAUGCGGAUCAGAUUGUCGGAACCUGGUGUUACAUACAUGAAAACCUGAAAGUCACUAAGUCCAAUUAUGAUUGGUGUUAUGUUUUCUACUAUUGGUUAGGAGAUAUAUUGUUGAAGUAUGGACAAAAUCCCGAUUCAUUUUCUGACGUCAUGGACGCGAUUUACCCAAUAUUGAGGAAAUCAACUCUUGGGAAUGUGUGCCAAAUAAUAUGUCGUGGUAUUGACAAAGAAAUUUUCGACAGAAGGAAAAUAAUAUAUGAUUACUUCAUGGACUACACCCUUAUUAAACAUCAAUUAGGUGGAGGUAACAAAUCCUGUGACCUAGCAUAUCACCAGCACCUAGAGGCCAUUAAAUUAGUGUGUCCUAUUGUGGAGGGGGAUUGCGCACCAAAUAAUGGACAUUCGAGUGAUCAAUUUUGUACAUGGUUUAAUGCAGAAAAAGGGAAAGGUAACAAUUACUGUGAAGGGAACCAACUAUCAAAAUUAACAUGCACACCACCACCAAACCACAAUCCAAACCAGGCCGGUUCAUCUGGUUCGUUUAGUGAUGCUGAUCAAAGUGCAGGUGGUAGUGUAGCACCAGCUGUGUCUGGUGGUGCAUUGUCCACCGUAGCAUUACCAGCAUUGGCAUACAUUUUUUACAAGUAUAAACCAUUCUUCCUUAAUAAACGUAACCAUUCUGAUGCCAGAAGGAAGAAAAGAUCAACCAUUCACCACGAUUUGAACACCUUAACAGACGACGACGACAACACUUCUACAGAAACAUAUUCUAGAACCAACCUAACCGACACUGCAACAAAAUAUUCUGUUCCAUAUACUUCAUCAUCAUCCAGAUGA